ACACUGACAGUUCAACAGGCAUGAGUUUAGUAGGAAAAAUAUAAUUUCUACAUUACGAAUCGAAAAAAUUACAUAAAUACGAAUUCAUUAGGAAUUUUAUGUAGAAAAAUAUUAAAAAAAUUAAAUAAAAACUAAGUGUACAAUAGAGAUUUUACAUAAUGUACAAAUUUUUGACUUUAACCAGAGGCAAUAAGAGCUUAUUUGUGGGUAAACAAUGUCUGCAAGUGGUACAGAAUCAGCGUUGGUACUCCCAACCUGGCAGACGUCCCGGCUUCUUUUCUCAAUUCAUCGAUAAUAUUAAAAAUGAAAUGGACAAAAAUAAAGAAAUGAAAGAAAGCAUUAAGAAAUUCCGUGAAGAAGCUCAAAAACUUGAGCAAUCUGAAGCCCUACAAUCGGCCAGACAAAAAUUCAAUAUUGUCGAAUCGGAAGCUCAAAAAUCAUCAUCCAUUUUAAAAGAACAAUUGGGUUCGAUAAAGGAAAAGGUAAGCGAUGUAUUGGAAGAGGCUGGAAAAACCGAAAUUGCACAAAAAGCUUCUAAAAUAACAGAGGAAAUCUCGAAACAAGCUAAAACGGCCAAAGAAAGCAUCUCAGAAAAGGGUGAGAAAAUCGGACAGACUUCAGCAUUUCAAGCGAUAUCGGAUACAACUAAAAUGAUCAAACAAGAAAUGGAUGCACAAAGUAUAAAUUCCAGAGUAUAUAGAUCUCCUGCUCGUCUACGUAAACGUAAAGAAGUUGAAUUUGCUGCUGAUGAACGUGUUGUUGAGCCUAAUAUGGAGGCUAUGGGUGUAGAAUUGCAUAAAGAUUCAAAAUUCUAUCAAUCGUGGGAAGAUUUCAAAAAUAACAAUGCCUAUGUCAAUAAGGUACUCGAUUGGAAAAUGAAAUAUGAGGAAUCAGAAAAUCCUGUCAUACGUGCUUCUCGCCUGCUCACCGAUAAAGUCUCCGAUGUUAUGGGAGGACUGUUUUCAAAAACCGAAUUAUCUGAAACUCUAACUGAACUGUGUAAAAUAGAUCCCAACUUUGAUCAAAAGCAUUUCCUUAAGGAUUGUGAAACAGAUAUUAUACCAAAUAUAUUGGAGGCCAUGGUUAGAGGAGAUCUAGAAAUUCUCAAAGAUUGGUGUUUCGAAAGCACCUUUAAUAUUAUAUCCACACCAAUUAGUCAAGCCCUUAAGGCUGGUUUAUACUUAGAUUCGAAAAUUCUAGAUAUUGAAAAUAUCGACUUGGCCAUGGGCAAAGUUAUGGAACAGGGACCUGUACUAAUUGUAACCUUCCAAGCGCAACAGAUCAUGUGCGUUAGAGAGCGUUCAUCGAACAAAGUUGUAGAAGGCGAUCCCGAGAAAGUAAUGCGUGUCAAUUACGUUUGGGUAUUAUGUCGAGAUCCUAAUGAAUUAAAUCCUAAAGCAGCUUGGAGACUAAUGGAACUUUCUGCCAAUAGUCAAGAGCAAUUUGUCUAAUAUGUAUAGGACAACUGUUACACCUCCUUGUAAAACUUAGUUCUUAAGUUAUUAUUAUUAUAAUAAUAGUAGAUAUCAAGAUAAAUUGUGUCUAUUUGUUAGUAACAAAUUUGAAAAUAACAAAUGUACUACUUAGCUCUGCUUUUAAACUAUAAUACAGCGAAAGAAAUGAACCAACAAAAAAACUUGUCUAAAAUAUAGUCUUUGUAAUACAGACAUACAAGUCCAUACUUUCCUUACCUCAGUGACUCAUUGUGUGUUUGUAAAGUUAUAAGGAAAUAUUUUAUACGACUUUUUUUGUUUAUUAAAAUACAUUUAUUUUUACUGAUUUAUUUGUAAUAAAAUUAUUUUUAAAUUGCUUUAUUUUUCGUUUUAAGCAGUUUAAAUAUGUUUUUUUUUUUGUUAACAAAAUAUAAUUAAAAUUACAUAUUAUUUUUUAAAAAAAUAUUUUUUUUAUGUAAAUAAAACAAUCCCCUAAUGGACUCUUCCUCAGUGUAAUUUUUCGCCGAAUAUCAACAUUAAUAAAAAUUAUCUAUAACACAAUUUA